CCUGCCCACCUAUGACAUCACCCCCUUCCUCAACCACUGCGAGGUGAAGCUUUAAACUUCAGACUUGGAGGUGGGCUGCGCGCAGUCAACUGGAUGCUCUCGCGCGCAGUCCUCAGCGCAGGAGUGAUCUGAAGCAGGACGGGCUCAGGCUGCAGCUGCUGUGGCUUUGUGUGCACUGGAUGCCGCGCUCCGCAGACGGGGGAGGGUUUUUACUUCAACUCACAGGCAAUGGAAUUACAGCUGUAGCAGCGGGGUAUAAAGGAUUGCUUUUUUUCUCGUCUUCCUGGAGGUGCUCAGUCCUGGCCUAUUAUAAGGAAGAGAAAUAUAAAGGAAAUUUAGUGUGCUUCCUUCUCCUUCCAUGAAGACUGUUUGCAUUGUUUCCUUUGCUUCUUAAAAGAGACUCCACCCAUCCCAGUAGAACGUGACUGAAACAGAAUUUCUGAGAAAGCAGCUAGAAGUAGAAGAAGAAAUAGCUAUUUCACAGCAGGUAAUCACACCCCAGGAUGUAGCUACUGUACAGAGUUUAUACUUGGAUAAUCCUGGAUGGGAAUAAAGGUAGGGGGUAACUGCCUGGAAAACCCAUUACUACACAGGUCUUAGCAUCAUGAAUGGCUUUCUUCAUGAGGAUCUGAAGUUACUAUCUCUGACCACAUUGCACAGAAGAGCCAAUAAGAAUUUCAAAGAGGGCAGUUUCCACUGAGGGACUUAAGCAACACAAAGGAGCCACCACACUGAAACUAUCAGAGAAAAAAAAAAAUUUAGGAAGCCAUGUGUCUUACAUAGUAAUGGGAAGCUGAAUUGUUUCUCGCCCCCACUUUAAUGAGCUUGCCCACCAUGCUGACCCACAGCUGGAAUGUUCAUUGGCAGCAGCAAGCCUGAUCUGGAGGUGUGUGCGGCAUAGAAUUUCUUGAAUAAACAGUGAAGAAUAUUUCCAAGGACUAAAGAGUUUUAAAGUCCCAGUCCCUCACCAAGAAAGUAGCAUAUAUGCAUUGGACUGUCACCCACGUAAAAUUACUUAACAUCAUUCAAUAAGUAACAGAAGCUACCUGAUAUAAAGACCUCAACACUGCUGACCAUGAUCAGCCCAGCCUGGAGCCUCUUCCUCAUCGGGACUAAAAUUGGGCUGUUCUUCCAAGUGGCACCUCUGGCAGUUAUGGCUAAAUCUUGCCCAUCUGUGUGUCGCUGUGACGCGGGUUUCAUUUACUGUAACGAUCGCUCUCUGACAUCCAUUCCAGCGGGAAUUCCGGAGGAUGCUACAACACUCUACCUUCAGAACAACCAAAUAAACAAUGUUGGGAUUCCUUCAGAUUUGAAAAACUUGCUGAAAGUACAAAGAAUAUACCUAUACCACAACAGUUUAGAUGAGUUUCCUACCAACCUUCCAAAGUAUGUGAAAGAGUUGCAUUUGCAAGAGAAUAACAUCAGAACUAUCACGUACGAUUCCCUUUCAAAAAUCCCGUACCUGGAAGAGCUACACUUGGAUGAUAACUCAGUUUCUGCUGUUAGCAUUGAAGAAGGAGCGUUUCGAGACAGCAACUAUCUGCGACUGCUUUUCCUGUCCCGCAACCACCUUAGCACAAUCCCCGGCGGCUUGCCCAGGACUAUCGAAGAGUUACGCCUGGAUGACAAUCGCAUAUCAACUAUCUCUUCACCGUCACUUCAUGGUCUCACAAGCCUGAAACGCCUGGUUUUAGAUGGAAACUUGUUGAACAACCACGGUUUGGGUGACAAAGUUUUCUUCAACUUAGUAAACUUAACAGAACUGUCCCUGGUGCGGAAUUCCUUGACAGCCGCACCAGUCAACCUUCCGGGCACAAGCCUGAGGAAGCUUUACCUUCAAGACAACCAUAUCAACCGGGUCCCCCCAAAUGCUUUUUCUUAUUUAAGGCAGCUGUAUCGACUCGAUAUGUCCAAUAAUAACCUAAGCAAUUUACCUCAGGGUAUCUUUGAUGAUUUGGACAAUAUAACCCAACUGAUUCUUCGCAACAACCCCUGGUAUUGUGGGUGCAAGAUGAAAUGGGUCCGAGACUGGUUACAGUCGCUACCUGUAAAGGUCAAUGUGCGUGGGCUCAUGUGCCAAGCCCCAGAAAAGGUUCGUGGGAUGGCUAUCAAGGACCUCAGUGCGGAACUGUUUGAUUGUAAAGAUAGUGGGAUUGUGAGCACCAUUCAGAUAACCACUGCACUACCUAACACAGCUUAUCCUGCUCAAGGACAGUGGCCAGCUCCUGUGACCAAACAACCAGAUAUUAAAAACCCCAAGCUCAUUAAGGAUCAGAGAACUACAGGCAGCCCCUCACGAAAAACAAUUUUAAUUACUGUGAAGUCUGUCACCUCUGACACAAUCCAUAUCUCCUGGAGACUUGCUCUGCCUAUGACUGCUCUACGACUCAGCUGGCUUAAACUGGGCCACAGCCCAGCGUUUGGAUCUAUAACAGAAACAAUAGUAACAGGAGAACGCAGUGAAUACUUGGUCACAGCCCUAGAACCUGACUCGCCCUAUAGAGUAUGCAUGGUUCCCAUGGAAACCAGUAACCUUUACCUGUUUGAUGAAACUCCUGUCUGUAUUGAGACGGAAACGGCCCCUCUUCGAAUGUACAACCCCACAACCACCCUCAAUCGAGAGCAAGAGAAAGAACCUUACAAAAAUCCUAAUUUACCUUUGGCAGCCAUCAUUGGUGGCGCUGUGGCCCUGGUAACCAUCGCCCUCCUUGCUUUGGUGUGUUGGUACGUACAUAGGAAUGGGUCGCUGUUCUCGCGGAACUGUGCGUACAGCAAAGGGAGGAGAAGAAAGGACGACUAUGCAGAAGCUGGCACUAAGAAGGACAACUCCAUCCUGGAAAUCAGGGAGACUUCUUUUCAGAUGCUACCCAUAAGCAAUGAACCCAUCUCCAAGGAGGAGUUUGUAAUACACACCAUAUUUCCUCCUAACGGGAUGAAUCUAUACAAAAACAACCACAGUGAGAGCAGUAGUAACCGAAGCUACAGAGACAGUGGGAUUCCAGACUCAGACCACUCACACUCAUGAUGCAGGAGGUCCCAUGCCAGACUGCUUCAGGGUUUUCAAACCUAAGAAAGGUGAUGGUAGGAACUCCCUUCUACUGCAAAACACUGGAAAAGAGACUGAGAAAAGCAAUGUACUGUACAUUUGCCAUAUAAUUUAUAUUUAAGAACUUUUUAUUAAAAGUUUCAGAUUUCAGGUUGCUGCUGCGGUUGAUGUAGUGGAGAUGCCUGAACACAAUUCUAUAUUUUAGUAUUUUUUAGUAAUUUGUACUGUAUUUUCCUUGCAGAUAUUGAAGUUAUAAACCAUUUACUUUGUGUUCUACUGAGUAAGAUGACUUGUUGACUGUGAAAGUGAAUUUUCUUGCUGUGUUGAACAAUCAGGACUGCGUUCACAUGAGAUCCUUGUAGUAUAAGCACAGGCCGUUUUUCACUUUGGUAUUAAUACAAUGUAAAAAAGAAACCUGGCUGAAUGAGAAAAUAAAUUUCAAAAACUAGUUAUGAAAUAAUGUUCCAAUGAUUAAAUUUGUAUUAUCCCAGUGGUAUUCAAUAAAUCAAAAUAUGUGACAUAAUGGGCAAUAUCAAACUUGCUGCACAUCUCAUUUUACCCUAGACAAAUUAAAUAUCCUUAGGAAAGUUAAGCAUAUUUUCUGAACUGAAUACAUCAGCUGGCAAAACAACAGUGUGAAGUCAGCUGUUAAAGCCACUGUCAGCAGAGCUUCAAGAAUAAAGGACUUCACAAGAACAAUGAUAUAAGUGCAGGGGGGGGGGUUAUAUACUAAAAAAAACCAUGACAACUUAGACCUGUGUAGUGUAAUCAAUACAUAUUCUAGAAUUGCAUCUUGAUUUUUGCCUGUACCAUCCGGCCUCUUAAAAAAUGAAUCUUAAACACAAAAUUGUUAGUGUUUAUGAUGUUUUUAUUACAAAGGAUGUCUAAGAAAAACUGUCUGCAUAGUUAAGAAGGUAGUGUAACCAUCAGUAAUUCCUCUCAGCGAUCCAGAGAAACUGGGACUUUAAGUAAGUGAGAAUUUCAACGAAAAAUAAACACUAGAAAUCAAAUUUAGAUCUGGCUUAUAUGAGAUGCUUUAACACUGUACAUAAAUACUCAGUUUACUUUCCCAAUGGUGGAGAAUACUGCCCAUUACUGUCACAGUUUUCCAGAUAUUACAUAAUGGACUUGUAAUGUAACAUUUCUUUACAGCUUCCUACUGAAUUGUGAGCUAUUACUUGUUUAAAAACCAUACCACUUUUUGUUGCCAUGAUUUUUUUUUUCAACAACAACAAACCAAAGUGCAUUGUCCGCCCUUUGGCCAGUCUUGUAUGUGCCUUGAUCAAACGCUACAUGUAUUCAGCUUUGGAAACUCGACAAAUUUUUCAUACUUCCUUAAAUAUGAAAAAUUAUGGUCUUAUUGCUGAAUAAAACUUAAGAAAAACAUACAGAAUAAUUGUGCUUGCUUUUGGGACUAUGUUACUAUCACUAAAAGUAGGAAAUUGCCAGCACAUUAGUCCUAAACACCUCCAUGUAUUUUUCUAGGCAUAAAAAUAAAAGUUGGGUACAAAUAAAAGAAAUAGCAGGAUCUUGAGGUUGUGUAUCAUUUUUACUUCAAAGAGUCAGUGUUUUGUGGAUAAACACAUUUUUUUGGUUCCAUUAUAUGCUCAGUAGAUGAAGAACUUAAGAAUGUUUCCAAUGCCUGUUUCCUUUAUGAGCACUGUUGACACUGUCUGGGCUGAUACUUUUUUAAGGUGGUCGUGCAAAAGCUGAUUUCUCUUUUACAUAUAUAUCCUUUUGAGAGAGUGAGUUGGCAUCAAAAGAUCUGAAAUCUGUUAUCCACCCUUUCAUAGGUAUAUAGUCAAACCAAACAGCCUUGUGGCUCGCCUCUGUCCACACGCGUAGAGUGGAGUACUGAAACACAAGCACAGGGUCAGGGUCAUUGUGAGGUUCAGAGGAGCCAAUGUGAGAGCAGCACAGAUUCCUGCAUCCGCUCCCACUGUUCUGGUCAAGGAAAUAUUCAGUAUUCCCAAAGUUUUGCUAGAUACCACUGCUCCCUGUUGAUCUACAAACAACUCUGGAACCUUCAUUCUUACUCGACACCUUCAAAUUGUUACCCAACAAUUUAUCUUUUGACUUCCUGCUAUAGAGGAUGCUCAUUUUCUAUGAAUGGCUGGAAAGUAUAUUUAACACUAAAUAUGGGGAACAUUUUCUAAAGGAAGUUUGACUUAGCUUCUCAAAGUUUUGAAGGGUUCAACUACAGUUCU